AUGUCGUUUUCAGCACUGCGCAGUGUGGCGCGCGCCACAUCAACGCCUCUUCUGCGUCGCAUCUCGUCGGCUCGCACCUACGCGACGCUGUACAACACGGACAUCGCGGGCCUUACCGAGGACCAGAUGGAACUUCGCGAGGCCGUAUCCACCUUUGUCGCCGCCGAACUGCCUCCUUCGAAAGCCGCGCAGAUCGACCGCGACAAUGCCUCGCCCAAGGACAUCUGGACGAAGCUCGGCGAUAUGGGUCUUCUGGGCAUCACGGUGCCCGAAGAAUACGGUGGACUCGGCAAGGGUUAUCUCGACCAUACGAUUGUCAUGGAGGAGCUCUCGCGUGCAUCCGGCUCGGUAGCACUCAGUUACGGUGCCCAUUCCAACCUCUGUGUCAACCAGCUCAAUCGUCAUGGUACCAAAGCUCAAAAGGACAAGUACCUCCCGGACCUCAUCAGUGGCCAAAAAGUCGGGUCCUUGGCCAUGUCCGAACCCGAGGCCGGGAGUGAUGUGGUAUCAAUGACGACGACCGCGGUGAAAAAGGGUGAUCACUACGUUCUCAAUGGUGGCAAGAUGUGGAUCACCAACGCCCCCAUUUCCUCUACCUUCAUCGUCUACGCCAAAACCGAACCAAAGGCCGGCUCCAAGGGGAUUACCGCCUUCAUCCUGGAAAAAGGCAUGCCGGGGUUCACGCAGCUGCCCAAACUCGACAAGGUCGGCAUGCGUGGUUCCGACACGUGCGAGAUUCAUUUUGACAACGUCGAAGUUCCGGAAACCAACAUUCUGGGCAAGCUCAACAAGGGCGCAUCCGUCCUGAUGAGCGGAUUGGAUCUCGAACGUCUGGUUCUCUCCGGUGGCCCUCUGGGUUUGAUGCAAGCCGCCUUCGAUUAUGCUGUACCGUACGCCCACGAGAGGAAGCAGUUCGGUACGCGAAUCGCAGAAUUUCAGCUGAUUCAGGGUAAGAUCGCCGAUAUGUACACCAAACUCAACGCCGCUAGGAGCUACGUCUACGCUGUGGGUCGCGCAUGCGAUGCCGGCAAAAUCAGCAGACGCGAUUGCGCCGGUGUGAUUCUCUACUCCAGCGACAGGUGCGUAGAGGUCACAACGGAGGCCAUGCAGAUGUUGGGCGGCAACGGGUACAUGAGGGAGUACGAUGUUAACAGGUUCUGGAGAGACGCUAGACUGUACACCGUCGGUGCCGGCACACAGGAGAUUAGGAGGAUGUUGAUUGGUAGGAUGUUCAAUGAGGAGUUUUCCAAGUAG